GUCUGAAUUUGUUGUGGAAUACUACAGACGUGCGAUCUUAAACGUGUUUUAUCUGUAUUUUCCUUAUUCAAUUUAAUUACAAUGUGAUUCGUUUGUUUGAGAAGGAUUUACUACAAAUUCUGAUAAAACUUUCCGAACGUCAGAUAUUGUUAGAUAUUCGAGCGGGAAUAUUAUUUUGAGAUAUUUAUACCAAUCCAGUAUUACAUAGUAUUCAUUUAACAUAAGAUAAGAUGGACACCGGCCGCUUUAAUACAGAACGUCAGCAAAAUCCGCGUGAGAAAGCUAGUUUGCUGUCUAAAAUAUGUUUUUGGUACACACGCCAUAUAUUUCUAUUGGGAAGGAAGCGGCAGCUCACGAUAGAUGACUUAUACAGAUGUUCCCCACAACACAGGGCUGCGAUGCAUGGGGAAAGCUUAGGGGCGAAAUGGAAGGAUGAGUUAGACAAACAAGUACGAGGUGGCAACCCAUCUCUACUAAGAGCAAUAGCACGGAUAUAUGGACCAAAGUUCCUGCUUUUUAAUAUACCCUUUGCCAUAAUAGAUUCUUGUAUAAGGAUAACAAUACCGAUGUGCUUAGAGGCUGUGAUCAACUACUUUUCCCCCUCUCCCUCCGGGAUGUCAGAUGCUGAAGCGUAUAUGUAUGCUGGGGGUAUCGUUGGCUUAAUGCUACUGAGUGCUGUGAUGACGCACUCCAUGCUACUUUUUCAAUUGGAAAGUAGCAUGCUUCUGAUGAGAUCCUGUUCAUCAUUAAUAUAUAGAAAGCUCCACCAUUUAAACUUGACAGUUGACAAGGCGUCCGACGGGCUAACGGGGUACAUAGUCAAUUUGCUCACUAUAGACGUAGAGCGAUUCGAAAUAGCCGCCAUUUAUUUAAUAGACCUAAUUAGGAUACCUGUGGAAAGCACUGUUAUAGUGUACCUGAUGUUUCGCCACAUAGGAAUGUCAGCUUUGUUGGGCGUUGGAUUUCUGUUGGUUGUCAUACCACUUGCUAGUUAUUUGGGCAAAUUGGCAAGCAAGUUAACGGAGAAAAUGACGAUCCGAACUGACAACAGAAUACGGCUCAUGAAUGAAGUAAUACAAAGUAUAGAAGUCAUAAAGAUGUACGCCUGGGAGAAGGCCUUUGCUAAAAUCAUUGGAACCGCAAGAAAAAAAGAACUGAACAUGAUAAAGAGAAUAACCUGGAUAUACGCAAUUAUGUUUUCUUGCUCAAAACUCAACACGCAAAUAGCCCUCCUUAUAAGCAUCCUUUCAUACAUAGCAUUCGGUAACUCGAUAACGGCUGCGCAGAUUUUCGUGAUAAUCUCCUAUUAUGAGAGCCUCAGGAUGUACAUGGUUGAAGCGUUUCCGAUUUCCAUCACGAUGACGUUAGAAGCCUACAUUAGUGUUAAGAGGAUUCAAGAAUUUCUUUUGUUACCUGAAGUUAAGUCUGGAAGAGAAGAGAACGGAUACACAAAAACUAACCUAGAUAAAGUAGAAAACCUAGUGCAGUUUAAGAAUUUCACAACUCACUGGACAAAGCCUGAAGAGUGGGAGACGAAGCAGGCAGUGUUGUCUGAUAUAAAUUUAACGAUAAAGCCAAAAACUCUGACUACAAUAAUAGGCACAGUAGGUUCAGGAAAGUCUUCAUUACUUCUAGCCAUACUCCAAGAGCUAACACCAACUGAUGGCAGCCUGACCAUCAAUUGUACCAUCUCCUAUGCUUCACAGGAAUCUUGGCUAUUCGACGCAUCCGUACGUCAAAACAUACUAUUCGGGCAACAGUUCGAUAAAAGUAGGUACAAUGAUGUGAUCAAAUGUUGUCAAUUGGAAGCGGAUCUUCAGGGUUUCCUGCAUGGAGACCAGACUCUUGUAGGAGAAAAAGGAGUAACACUAUCAGGAGGACAACGAGCAAGAAUAUCCUUAGCUAGAUGCGUUUACCAAGAGGCUGAUCUAUAUCUAUUAGAUGACCCGUUAGCAGCUGUGGAUGCUAAGGUAUCGCAAGCCAUAUAUAAGCAAUGCAUCCAGGAGUUCCUCGCAGACAGCGCUGUGGUCCUCGUCACCCAUCUCUUGCAUUAUGCGAAACUCGCAGAUAACGUGUGUGUUCUGAAGGAGGGGAAGGUGAGGGAAAAACGGAUUGUAUCUCAAGGCACUUAUGAAGAUAUACGAAACAAAGUGUCUGAGUUUGAACAAUUUGAAACAGGAUGUAAUACGGAGAAGCCCACUCAUGAUAUUAUGGCAAAACCCAAUUCCACGAAAGUACUCCAAGAAAAGUUAAAGAGGCAAAAGUCCCUGUCGGAGUCAGCACACAGCUUGAAUGAAAAUACAUCCGGACCUGAUCAUCAAGACGAAGACCAAUCAGAAGGCGCAGUAUCGAGCAGUGUGUAUAUAUCUUACAUUCGAUGCGGGGGCGGCAGAAUUGCUAUAUUGUUAUUGAUAAUACUCUUCAUGGCUGGACAGGCCUUCUAUUCGUCUACCAAUUUGUGGCUUACUGAGUGGGUAAAUGUUGAAGAAAACAAUAGCGCUACAAAUCUAAUAAAUUCUACGUCUACAGUUGACAUGAAAUAUAACAAUUCAGUUGCAUUUGAAGAGUUACAAACAAAUAGACUACACCUAGACAGAGAUGGAUACGUAUAUAUAUACAUAUCUCUCAUAGUUGUGUGUUUGCUUGUCACGUGGACGAAACUAUUAUAUUUCUAUAAAACUUGUCUGCGAGCAUCUGUUAAGUUGCAUGAAGCUAUGUUCAAGGGUGUGUCCAACGCGCCCAUGUGGUUCUUCAACUACAAUCCCUCCGGACGGAUCCUGAACAGGUUCUCCAACGAUAUGAGCCAGGUGGACACCAUGUUACCUUGGACUUUGUCUGAAUGCCUUUCUUUCUUCCUAGAAGUGAUAUCGGUACUAUUCGUUGUGAGUCUGGUGAACUGGUGGUUAGUAGUGCCCACCCUGGUGGUGGGGUUGUUGCUGUGGGUGCUGAGGUCGCUGUUCCUCACCACAAGUAGAGAGCUGAAGAGGGUGCAGGCUAUAUCGGUCAGUCUGACCCUCAACCACGCGACGUCAACAGUAUCAGGGUUGACCACAAUUCGCUCCACCAGCGCCCAGCACACGCUGGUACGCGAGUUCGAUUCCCUGCAAGAUCUGCGCACGUCCGCACAGACUAUAGAACUCAGUACAGAUAGAGCGUUCGGUUUCUGGAUGGAUAUAGUCUGCUGUGUAUACUUGGGCUGCAUCACGUUCAGUUUUUUCGUUUUUGGGGACACAUUGGGAGGCAAUGUGGGUCUGGCAAUAACGCAGGCCAUCAGUCUGGUCGGCAUGUGUCAGUUCGGCAUGCGGCAAACCGCUGAAGUAGAGAACCACAUGACAUCUGUCGAGAGAAUUCUAGAAUAUGCAGAUUUACCAGCUGAAGAACCAAUGGAGCCAGAUGUAAAGGCCUUAAGGCAAUAUCCAGGUCUAGACUUUGACGCGUGGCCUGAAAAAGGUGAAAUAGUCUUCAAAGAUGUGUAUUUAUAUUACGAGAGACCACCAAAUAAAAAGGACAAACAGACAGAAACGGAAGCCGCUCCAGCGCUCCGCGGAGUGUCCUUUACAAUAAGCCCCGGGGAAAAAGUAGCUGUGGUCGGUCGCACGGGCGCCGGAAAGAGUUCUUUAAUCGCAGCUCUGUUUGGGCUGCACCGCACGACGGGCGCCAUCACGGUGGACGGCGUGUGCGCGCGCGCGGCCGGGCUGGCGGCGUGGCGCGCGCGCGCGUGCGCGUUGCCGCAGCGCGCCGCGCUGUUCGCGGCGAGCGUGCGCGACAACCUGGACCCGGCGCGCCGCCGCACCGACGCGGACGUCAGCGCCGCGCUCGGGGAGGUGGAUCUCGACACCCUAAUAUCUAGUUUGCCAGGUGGUCUAUACUCGCGGGUGGGAGACGGCGGGGGGAACCUGUCCAGCGGGCAAAGACAGCUGCUGUGUCUAGCUCGAGCCGUGCUGACGCGGCGGACUGUGCUGGUGCUGGAUGAGGCCACGGCUAAUGUGGAUACUGAGACAGACAGACAGAUACAAAACACGAUACGGACCAAAUUCGCGGACUCCACAGUGCUGACCAUAGCGCAUAGACUCAACACUGUCAUGGAUUACGACAGAGUUAUCGUAAUGGACCAAGGUCGUAUAGUAGAAUCCGGACAUCCAUACGAACUUUUGGACACAUCCAACCAUCCAAAUGGAUUGUUCAAGAAUAUGGUCGAACAAACGGGGCCAGAAUCUAGCGGGGUGUUAUACAAAAUGGCGGAAGAGAGCUACUUAAAAUUGCAAGCCAAGAAAAAAUCUUAGACACAACACAAAUGACGAAAUUAGGAAAAUAAGAAUAUUCUAGAAAGGCCUGACGUACAUACUGAGAUCUAAAAAGACAAAUGCUUGUAGCGUGAAGUUACAUGGCCUUCCUCGAAUUAGCGAUUCUAGUAAUUGCUAAAGGGCAGUACCUUAUUUUAGUAUAGACAUAAUGUUUGUUCACUGGGGAUCGAACCUAGCUCUUCUCGGAUAUAUAUAAUA